AUUCAGUAUAGAACAUUAACGUGCAACGAACGUUACACAUUGAAGAAAUAAACAUAUUUUCGAGGAAAACUUAACGAACUAAUUUGAGAUACUUUUGCAACAUAACCAGCAAUAAAUAUGAUUCUAUUUAUCGGUUUAUUGUUUUUACCCAUUUUGUCUUUUGCCGAACCGUAUCCUGAGUCUCUGGUGUACGCUAUCGAUAGCAUUGAAGGUAUUUUAUAUGAAAUUCCUGAAGAUGAAGAUCCAGAUGCGGCCAUGUACCAGUUAUCUGCGAUGGGCGUAGUGCCGAUUCUGACUGUUCUAGAAGAAGAAUCAGAGCCAGAAGAUAUACCAAGCGAAGGAGAUAGUGCUUAUUACGAUCAACUUGCUGAUACGAAGAAGCGUCUUGAUGACGUAAUCCUGCGUUUAAACUUAGUAAAGAGUGCUCUGCAGAAAGGAGAUACUCAUGUCAAACAGGAUAUUGAGAAAUCUAUUAGAGAGCUUAAGAAGAUGGAACGCGAUCUAAGAACGGAUGUUUACAGUUAUUCAACUUCCAUGCAUAAAGGCAUAUCUUUCAGCUGGAGUGGUGGAAAGCCAUCAGUCACAACUGAAAGUGAGGCCACUGUAUCUAUGCAGACACCGAUUGACUCAUCUACAACAGAUGCAACUAACGCGAAGGAGGAGGAAGUGAUUGAUACUCCUUUUGGAAAGGAUUAUUAUAUGACUGAAACUAAAAAGAUUGAAGAUGGUGAGAAAGCAGCUUAUAAAAAGAAAUGGAUGUGGAAGUCCUCUAACGUCUUUUGAAAACUACGUUGAAGAGCGCCUAAAUAAUGGACCUUUGUAUUAAUUACAACAUGUAUAAUGAAUUAAACUGACUUUUUGAAAGUCUUGGCAGUCUGUAUAUGUAUGAUAGAUAUUCCUUUGUAUUAUGUAACACAAAUUAAUAAAUUUAAACAUUUAAUUUGGAAAGCA